GUAUCUUGGCAAAUUAUGCUGCUACUCGCACCAUGAACUGGCUGUCCGCUUCCCCGGGAGUCGUUUUAACAGCAUACCAUCCCAGCGGCAACAAUGCCGUGGCCGGGAGUAAUGCGAAAGAGAGCGAAGAAACGGUCCCCUCAAGCCGCAGAUCUGGCCAGUAUACAAUGAACCAUGACAACUCUAAGAAGUCCACAGAGAGGCCACAAAUGGACCGCUCAAGUUCCCAGGAUUCCUUGGAUGAGUUGUCUAUGGAUGACUAUUGGAAAGAACUUGAAAACAUCCAUGAAACCAGCAAAAAUAAUCAUAGAGAGCAAGAAGUGGUUGUGGUGAAAGAGCCUGAUGAGGGAGAAUUGGAAGAAGAGUGGUUAAAGGAAGCUGGGCUGUCAAACCUUUUUGGUGAGAGCACAGGAGAUUCCCUAGACAGCAUGGUGUUUCUGUCCACAUUGACGCGAACUCAGACAGCAGCAGUACAAAAGCGAGUGGAGACUGUCUCACAAACCCUGAGGAAAAAAAACAAGCCGUACCAGGUUCCUGACGUCAGAGAUAUCUUCAGGCAACAAAGUGAUUCAAAGGAAAAAGUCUCUGGUGAGAGUGAGCCCUCAUCUGUGACAGCAAGAGAGACUAAAAAUGAAGCUCAAGAUGAAGUGAAAGAUGAUCUGGAGUUCAACCCUGGUAUCAGUGAAAAGACCACCCUGCUUGAGGAUGUGCCAGUUUCUGAAACUGAUAUCAAUUUAGAGAUUUCAUUUGCAGAGCAGGCAGCCAAUCUCAAAGACAGCUCAAUAGGCAAAAUGUGCAAAGGCAAAGAGGACGAUACGCUACUUCCUAAUUUCAGAUUGCCAAAGGACAAAACGGGUACCACAAAGAUUGGUGAUCUGGCCCCUCAGGACAUGAAGAAAGUCUAUUCCUUAGCACUAAUUGAGCUAACCGCGCUGUAUGACUUACUCGGGACAGAAUUCAAGCAACAAAAAGCCAUAAAAAUCAAAACAAAAGACUCUGGUCUUUUUGGUGUCCCACUGUCAGUUUUGCUGGAACAGGAUCAGAAGAAAGUACCAGGCACCAGGAUACCACUGAUCUUUCACAAACUGAUUUCUCAGAUAGAAGAGGCAAGAUUGGAUACAGAAGGACUUCUUCGAAUACCAGGAGUAGCAGCAAGAGUAAAGAGUCUUUGCCAAGAACUGGAAGCAAAGUUUUAUGAAGGGACUUUCAACUGGGAAAGUGUAAAGCAACAUGAUGCAGCAAGUCUUUUAAAACUCUUCAUCCGAGAACUGCCUCAGCCACUACUCACUGUGGAAUAUCUCAAAGCUUUCCAGGAUGUGCAGAAUCUUCCAACUAAGAAGCAUCAACUGCAAGCAUUGAAUCUUUUGGUACUACUCCUACCUGAAGCAAACAGAGACACUUUGAAGAUACUGCUUGAAUUCCUCCAAAGGGUAAUUGAUCAUCGAGAUAAAAAUAAAAUGACAUUAAAUAAUGUUGCAAUGGUGAUGGCCCCAAACCUCUUCACGUUUCAUGGGUUAGGCUCAAAGACUAUUGAACAAAACGAGUUUGUUAUGGCUGCUGGAACAGCAAACGUCAUGCGCUUUAUGAUUAAAUACCAAAAACUUCUUUGGACAAUUCCUAAAUUUAUUGUCAACCAAGUGAGAAAGCAAAACACUGCAAGUCAGAAGAAGGAGAAAAAGGACAAAGCUAUGAAGAAACUGCUGAAAAAGAUGGCUUAUGACAAGGAAAAACAUGAAAAGCAAGACAAGAGCCCCAAUGAUGCUGAUGUUCCUCAGGGAGUGAUACGGGUGCAAGCGCCUCAUCUUUCGAAAGUUUCCAUGGCAAUACAGCUGACGGAAGAACUAAAAGCCAGUGAUAUAGUAGCCAGGUUUCUCAGCCAGAAGAGUGGAGUUGUCCAAGCUCUCAAGAAAGAAGAGGUAUUUUUAUAUGAAAUUGGAGGAAAUAUUGGAGAACGCUGCCUUGAUGAUGAUACCUACAUGAAGGACCUGUACCAACUCAACCCAAAUGCUGAGUGGGUUAUAAAGUGCAAGCAUAGUUAA